CAUGUCUGCUGCUAUCCAGGAAGGUGUGCAGGUUGCAAAACAAACCAAUCCUCACCAUCACCAUAUAAAAACCAUGGGAAGGCAGGUCUGCCAAUGAUGCAGAUUGAGAAACAGCACUGGCCAGAAAGAUGAAACGACCAAGAUAUAUCCAUAGUCAUUGACAGUCAUUCUGGUGUGAGCCAAACCAUCAUUCUGCCAAGCCUAGACCACAAAGGGCUAUCGUUCCUUUUCCUCAUGGCUCCUUACUCCUACUCCUCCUUAUCGGCGUCGCGUAGCUGCUCCAGCUGCUGCCCACAGGCGUGCCGCUGCUCCCGCACCUCCAUCUGCACCCUGGGCCUGGGCUUGGGCUUCGUCAUCCUAGGCACCAGUCGCAUCCUCCUGCUCAAGUUUGCAGCCAACGCAGACAACAAGUAUGACUUUCUGCCUGCCUCAGUCAACCUACUGGCUGAGGCCAUCAAGCUAGUAUUCUGCCUUAUCAUGGCCCUGAGGGUAGUGAUUCGAGAGGGUCGGCCGUUCAGUGAGCUGUGCUGCUCGUCUGGCUCCUCGUUGCUGGGCUUCCUGAAGUGGUCUGUGCCGGCCUUCCUCUACUUCCUGGACAACCUCAUCAUCUUCUACGUCAUGACCUAUCUCCAGCCAGCCAUGGCAGUGUUAUUUUCCAAUGUCGUCAUCCUGACUACGGCUGUUCUGUUCAGACUGGUGCUGAAGAGGCGCCUGUCGUGGGUGCAGUGGGCCGCCCUGAUCAUCCUCUUCCUGUCCAUCGUGGCCCUGACUAUGGGCACCGGUGGCAGCCAGCAUGCCAUCGCCAUGCCCGGCCUCCACGUCGCUCCGCUCUCCCCACCCUCCAACAGCUGCCUGGCCUUCACCCACCAUCUCAUGGAGCUCCGAAACCACAACAUCAGCGCUUCGUCGGGGGUGGAGUCCGGCUCCGGGUCCGAUUGGCUAGACGGGCUACCAGAGCCGGCGUGGAGUGAGCCCGUGGUCCGGCAGCUGCGUCGUUUCGGCGUGGGCUACGUGCUGCUAUUAGCCCAGUGCUUCAUCUCCUCCAUGGCCAACAUCUACAACGAGAAGAUCCUCAAGGAAGGGGACCAGCUGACAGAGAGCAUCUAUAUCCAGAACACCAAGCUCUACCUGUUCGGCACGCUCUUCAACGCCCUGGCCCUGGCCCUGAGGCCGGAGGACCGGGCCCUGAUCCGCCACUGCGGCCUGCUGCACGGCCACAACCCCUUCUCCGCCUGCCUGGUGCUGGCCACCGCCGCCCUGGGCCUUUCCGUGGCCUUCAUCCUCAAGUUCCGCGACAACAUGUUCCACGUGCUGACGGGCCAAAUCACCACUGUGCUGGUCACGGCACUGUCACUAUUCCUGUUUGACUUUCGCCCCUCGGCCGACUUCUUCCUACAGGCCCCUGUUGUGCUGCUGGCUAUCUUCGUCUACCACGCCAGCCGGGCGCCGGCCGGAGGGGACCCAGACUACGCCCUGCAGAUGGAGAGGCUCGGGGUGCUCAACGGGGACGUGCGGGAACGUUGUCGAGGGGAUGGCGAGGAGCUUGUGAGGCUCAAACCGAACACGGACAGCGAUUCAGAGGAGUCUUCCUUCUAGCAGGUGUCCUGCAGUGGUAUUGGUGGGACACGUCCCCUAGGAACAAGGUGUAUAUAUAAAAUCUUAUAGGAAAUGGACCACUUUUAUAAUAUGUGCCAUAUAAAUAAGCACUCACAUACACUGUCCAUGCACAAUGUUUAUAUGUUUCAGUACAUGGAAUGUAUACAGGGGUUAGACAAUGAAACUGAAACACCUGGUUUUAGACCACAAUAAUUCAUAGCAGCCCGGUUGUGUAUAUUGACCCUAUGGAGCUCCCGGACAGUUCUAGUGGAAACAGGAGUUGAGGGUUGAUUUAAUUCUACCUGUGAUUCGGGUAGCUGUGGUUUUGUUUUUUGGAUACACUCCAGGUUAGCACCCAAAACCACCCACACUAAUGACAGGUGUUUCAGUUUCAUUGUCCAGCCCCUGUAUGUGUGUUUUACUUUUAUAUGAGGAAUGGGCCACAAUUACAUUAUAUGUCAACGCCAGAUAAGACAUUGUAGAGUCCAUAUACUGUGAAUCGUUCUGUACGUUUUAUGUGCAUCUUUUCCCUAUGGGUUUUGGGCAUCCUCCCAUUUAUCCACAUGAUCCACAAUGGAACUCACAUUGCCAGAGCUCUCUGGUGCCCUACUGUAGAAUGGUAAGAUGUCCUCUGGCAAUUAAGUUCCGUGGCAAUUACCUAGUAAGUUAUUGAAAGAUGUGCCUGCACAUUAUGCUUGAAAUCUAAAAUUAUGACAAGUAAUUAUGAGUUGGGGAGCUUGUUAAGGGAGAGAGAAAGAUUAGAGUGAGUGUGUGGGUGUGUGAAUGAGAGUAUCUUGGUGCGAGCGUGUGUGCGUGUAUAGGGUCGUGUGUAGUGAGGCAACACCACUCUCACAUGUGCCGGUGAAUAGGGACGUGAUGAGUGGGUGUUGCUAGUAGAAUAGGCUUAAUUGAAUUUGAUGUGAUCGAAGGGAGGCGACAAUGAAAUGCAUCGACCCACCUCCCCCCGAGGUCGCAUGUGGCGGGAAUAAAAAGGGAUGUUGUUAUUACUGAUGAUGUUUUCAAACGGCACAAUGGUCGUGGGGAACACGCUGUGUAAUUAUGCUAAUUUAUUUGAAUGUUACAUGACUGAAGGUUUCAGUUUACCGAAUGGUUUGGGGAACAAAUUGCCUUCACAUGAAAUGGCGUUGCAAAGCUCUUAGUGGCGCCGUACUGUAUGUCUCUCACUGUCUGAGUUUGUUAAAUGUUGUUAACAUUUCCAGUCUUCAUAUUCAAAAUCACAUGCGCCUUAUUCAGUGCCUAUUUGUGUUAAAACAUAGCCAUGUAUAGUUGGUUCAGUGCUUGAAGUGGGAAAAAAGAGGUGCAGGAACCCUAAUCGUCCGAAAAUACCAUCCAAAAAGAAGUGCAGGAACCCUGAUUUUCCAACAGUCUCAUCAGUACCAAAUCAGUACAAGUCACGUUUUUGUAGGCCUGUUGCUUGCAUGCAACUUAUAAAAUGCAGCACACGGGAUAAGUUCUGCUGGAACGCUGAGGAUGAAAAUGAUGAGGAGGGGGAACUGAGUUCCCCUGAGUGCCCCCCCACUUCAAGCACUGAGUUGGUUGACAACACCAUCUAUCAUUCUGAGAUGUAUAAUAUUGCUCCUCUUGUUUUCGGGAACCAUACCAGAAGCACAAGCUAAACUUAACAAGGGACAUACUCACUGUACUGUUGUAAUGGGAAGUGUUGACAUGGGCAUUUUGUAAUAUAUCUGGGGUGCGGGGGCGUGUUGCCAAAACACUGGUUUCAAUGACAAAAUAAAUGGAAAACCAAACAAAACAUGAGUCAUGGGUAUACUGUCUUGAUUUCUAGUCAUCCAUUAAUACAUGGAUAUACAUAGUAUUAAGAGGAUCAUGGCACUGCAAGGCAUCGUCUGUUACUUUAUUUCAGUUAAUUUAUAUCCUGAUUAAAUUAAUAAAAGAGUUGUAUAGAUGUGACUUCAUGUAGAUGUGACUUCAUGUAAUCAUAAAAUAUUUUCUGCUAAUAAGCUGUCCAUAGUGCAGUCUCUGAGUGUAUCUUGCCAAAUUAACAGCAGGGGGCACUAGAUGCUAAAAAAUGAAAGUCAGACAUCUACUACAAUGUGGUU